UUUUUUUUUUUUUUUUUUUCCCCUUUCCGAUUAUUACUCGAUCAGUAUUGUUAUCGUUCGAGGAGAAGACGUGGCUAAAUUUCGGGGACUGAAAAAAAAGGCACUAAGGGCUCCCACAGACGAUGGAGAUGAUGGGAAAUGGUUAUAAAACCCUUAUCGAUACCCCGGAUUGCGAUAUCGUGCCUGCCCUCCCAUAUCGCAUUUCUUCAUUGUGAGAGUUUUUGGUUCUUAUCAGCCCACCUUCAAGACUUCCCAAAUAAGGAUCCCUUGCCUCCCAAACCGUUCUGAAACUCCCCUCUUAUCAGUUCAUUGAACUCGACGUUAUCUUUUCGUCCACUCACUGUCAUCACCCUCUUUGGGCCCCUCCUCGACCUCUUCCUCUCUCCCACUUCCUCUUCCUCUUCUUCUCUUUGUCCCCUUAUCUCUCUUCUCUCCUCCUAUCGAUAACCCUUCUUGACCAUGGAGACGCAACAAUUACCCUCUAUUGCUGUGGUAACGUCGUCUCGAGCCGUCAUCUCGGGUCGUCUAACGUCAGCCACAAUCGUUAUCUCUCGCACCACUGGAAAGAUCACUGCGGUCUUCGACUCCGUCAUUCCUGCCUCUGACUUCCCUGAGGGAACUCCCUAUACCGACUAUUCGCCUCAUGUAUUGCUUCCCGGUUUGGUUGAUGCCCAUGUUCACCUGAACGAGCCCGGCCGCACCGAAUGGGAAGGCUUCUACACAGGAACCCAGGCUGCUGCCUUCGGCGGUGUCACCACCGUCAUUGACAUGCCUCUGAACGCCAUCCCACCCACCACCACCGUAGCUGGCUUCAAGGAGAAGCUGAAUGCUGCUCAAGGCAAGUGCUGGGUAGAUGUCGGCUUCUAUGGCGGCAUCAUCCCCGGCAAUGCUGGCGAGCUGAAGGUCCUCGUCAACCAAGGUGUCCGCGGCUUCAAGGGGUUCCUCAUCGACAGUGGGGUUGACGAAUUCCCCGCUGUCUCCUCUGAAGACAUCCGUAAGGCCAUGGCGGAACUUGCCGAUGAGCCCACCACCCUCAUGUUUCAUGCGGAAAUGGUACCCCCCAUCACAUCCUCCCAGGCGGACCAACCCCAGACCCCCGAAGGCCCCGCGGAAGCAUACUCCACUUUCCUGGCAUCUCGUCCCUCCUCAUAUGAGACCUGUGCUGUAGAAGAGAUCCUCUCAUUGGCCCACCUGGCUCCCAAGCUUGCUUUACAUAUUGUCCACCUAUCGGCCAUGGAGGCUAUUCCUCUCCUGAAGAAAGCCCGUGCAGAUGGAAUCCCCAUCACUGCAGAGACUUGUUUCCAUUAUCUAUCCCUGGCGGCCGAGGAAAUCCGGGACGGUGAUACCCGCCACAAGUGCUGCCCACCGAUUCGCUCACAGCUCAACCAGGAUGCCCUCUGGGCCGAAUUGGAACGCCACGCCGAGGAUGGUGUCAUCAAGACUGUCGUCUCGGACCACUCCCCGUGCACCCCGGAUCUGAAGCUCCUUCCCUCCCAUAUUCCAGGCAGCUGCACCUCUAAAGGCGAAGCCGCUAUCGAAAAGAACCAAGGUAGCUUCUCCUCCGCCUGGGGCGGCAUCUCUUCUGUCGGUCUGGGUCUUCCAAUCCUGUGGACAGAACUCAGCCGUCGGAAGGGUCUCACCUCUGCUCCGGAGGAUACCAACACCAAGCGGGCCCUCCAAGACAUUGUGCGCCUGUGCUGUGCCAACACCGCGGCACAGGUUGGACUCGAGCGCCAGAAGGGUGACCUCGUCCCCGGGUUUGACGCCGACAUCUGUGUCUUCGACGACUCUGCCGAGUGGGUCGUGGAGCCUAGCACCAUGCUCUUCCGGAACAAGUGCUCGCCAUACCAGGGUCGCACCCUGCGCGGCAUGGUCCGUGAGACGUGGCUGCGCGGCGAGAAGAUCUUCAGCCGAGACGGCGGCUUCAGCAGCAAGACUCCAGCCGGCACAUUGCUGUUAGAGAAACGGGUUUGAUUCUUUUCAUUUGUGCUCCCGUACUUCGAUCGGGCUGUUGACCAACGCACAGCCACUCGCACAUUUCCGACGACAACCAAAAACACAAAACAUACCUGAUGACCAUAGAUAUCCACGCUACUGAUGAUCACUAAUGAGCUGACAGCAGCACAGCAUAUAUCAGCGCCAUAGACUGAGCGAUGAUGUAGCAUUUCUGUUAAGCCUUUUUUUCUUUGUUUUAAUAUAGAGGGAAUAUGAAUACCAAUAUUAAUGUUUUGUCAAAAA